AGAAAGAGAAGCAGCUAAGUGAUGGUCAGAGCAAGUUGAUGAAUACAGCAGUGCCAUCCUUUCGUCAGCCGCUGCUGGCCGAAGACCGCCUGCGGAUGAACGAAGGGCGGGAUGGAGCUUUCGAGGACGGUGAGCUGAUGCACGAGCUGUCCAAGGACACUCACGGUGGCUGCGAAGGUCCGCCUGCUGCAGAUCAAGACGAAAGGCAGCGACUGAUUCACCAGGUCCGCGCCACACCACACCACACCAUGCAAACCAACACAAAACGCCACGCAACGCGAUGAAUGCCCACCCAGUGCUCUUUCUAUGUGAUGGAUCUGUGUGUUCUUUCUAUGUGAUUCACAGAGGGUGCGGUGGCGGGGUCUGCAUGUGGGUCUCUUGGCGGUCGCCUGGCUGACCAUCUUCGUGGAGACCAUUCUCUACACGGUCGUCAUUCCCAUCGCCCCCUUUGCGCUGCAGACCAAGCCCUUUAUCCAGGGGAUCGUCUUCGCCGCACACCCACUGGUGGCCUUCUUCGUCACACCAGUGGCCGGCCACUUCGUCGACACAUACGGCUGGCAGGCCAUCAUGUGGGUGCCCUACCCGCUGCUGAUCCUCGGCUGUGCGGUGUUUCUUAUGCCACCAUCGGUGCCCGUCUAUCUGCUCGGUCGGGUCAUCCUGGGGGUGUCAUCAUCCUUCUUGUGGCCGGCCAUAAUGACGGCGGUAUCAGCAUCCCAUGACGACGGCUGCCGCAGCACGGCAACGGGCAUCGCGUAUAGCGCAGGUCAGUGAGGGAUGGAUGGAUGCCCCACGGCACGGUCGUGUUGUUCAUUCAGUCAUUGAUUGUGUCAUCAGACAUUGGUUCCGUGCUGGGCCCUUCUGUGGGCGGGGUCUUGUUUCAGCUUGGUGGCGACUACGUCACCUUUGCCACCAUCCUUGCCCUGUCCGUGGCCGUCACGUGUCUGGCCCUCUCACUGCGCAACCGACUCCCCUCUACCCUGGCGGAUAACGCGCAGAUGGAACAGGAGUUUAUUUCGGGCGAGAGCGAGUCGACGCAGGAGAGGACGCCCCCCUCCGCUGCCCGGCUGCGGCGGGAGAAGUCGCGAUUCGUGUCGUUCUGGGAGUGGCACUUCUGCUGCUCCUUCAUGAGUCUGCUCUACGCUUGGGGGUGCCUGCUCUCCCUCCAGGCGCUCCUCCCGCUCUACUGGCGUGAUCGCUUCGGCACGUCCGCGGGUGUGGUGGGCAGCAUUCUGUUUCCCUGCAUGCUGACUAAAGUCGUCUGUGCGGCUCUCAUGCCGCUCCUGGCUGAUAGGUACGUCAUGCCAUGCGUGUGUGGUCAGGAGCGCAAUCCAAUCGGCCAGGCCAGCCACUGUUAUCUAUCUGUCUAUCUAUUGGUGUAUGUGUGGGUGCGGUGCAGGUACCAGCUGCUGCCGCAAGUGUUUGUGCUGUUGGGGGUGUUUUUGUGUUGCGUGGCGGUGUCGUUGGUCAUGGCUGCGGCGGUCCUGGGGGUGACCGCACAGGCGGCCAUCGUCGCCGUGGCGGGCGGAGGGGUAGGCAUGACCGACAGCUGUGUGGUGGCCUUUGUCGGCCUCUACGUGAAGGACAGAGGUUUCUGUGAUCGCGGAAAAGGGUUUGCUGUGCUGUCUGAGGCUGUCAAUCUGGGUCAGUGACUGAGUGACACUGGCGGCGUCAAAUGGGUGGGUUGGGGUGGAUCUGUGUGACUGUGUGUAUGUCGUCCCUGCCUGCAGGCAUCAUGGUUUCCCCUUUGCUGUCAUCGGGCCUCACACAAAUGGUCUCAUACAACGCCGGCUUCGGCCUCUUGGGCUUCUGUGGCCUUGCUGUGCUGGUGCCUCAAGCCUAUGCCACGUGGAAAUACCGAGAAGCGGCGGCACGGUGGGUCAGGAAGGCCGCCGCCCACAGCUCUUGGGAGAGGGGGGACAUGGAGGAUGUUGCCUACUGCCCGCCGCCGCCCGACACACGUCACGUGCUGGAGUGCCCUGACGACUGGCCGCCGGCCAAGGACGUGGCGGCCUUCCAGACCAACAGGGACGGCUAGGCUAAAGAGCGAGGGGCGAAUUUGUGGUUGGGGUGAGUAGUUCUGUAUUUGUAGGUAGGUCGGUCGGUUCCUGUUCAUAUGCUGAAGGAAGCAUAGAAUGCAUUCGGUCGGCUAUUUCCGUCUGAGUUGGUUGCUGGUUUCUGAUGGUGCUGUGGAAGGAGAUGACGUGGACAUUUCUGUGUGGCGCGACACACUCACUUUUCGUGAACGUCUGUCUGGGC